UAAUCUGGCCCCGUUUCAGCUAUCAAAUCAAUUCAAAACGUAUGAUGACGAUCUAGUCCAAUUCCAUCAAAAUGUCACUGCUCAGUGGUUUUGCUAUUACAAUUGACGAUGGUGAAAUUAGGAGACAUCUUAGGCAGCUAGGCGAACCUGUAACCUUGUUUGGUGAGGGGCCUGCCGACCGUCGGAUUAGACUGAAAGAUUUACUUGCUAUCCAUGGCAAUGACGUGAUAGAUAGAAAAAAAGAAGACGACAGAGAAGUUGCAAAACAAGAAAAAGAUCAAAGUGAAACAACGUGGUAUCAUGAAGGCCCUGAAUCGCUGAAAAUUGCGCGACUGUGGCUUGCAUAUUACUCCCUCCCAAGAGCUAAACAAAGGUUGUCUGAUUUCAAAGUUGAAAUGGAAACACCGGAAUCAACAAGAACUGCCAAGAGACAAGAAAUGGUAAAACACAUGAGAAAUAUGAAUAUUAUGUGCAGCCAGGUUGGUGAUGGGAGACCAAUAUCAUUUUGUCAAUUCAGCCCAAGUGGAAAUUUAUUGGCAACUGCAUCAUGGAGUGGACUUUGUAAAUUGUGGAAUGUUCCUGAAUGUACAUUAUUUCACUCUUUACGAGGACACAAAUGUAGUGUGGGAGCAAUUGUGUUCCAUCCGCAAGCUACAAUUAGCCUAGAACCUUCUGAAUUAAAUAUGGCUUCAUGUUCCAUGGAUGGUGCAGUCAAACUUUGGAAUUUAGAAAGUGAAGAGCCAAUUGCUGAUAUGGAAGGCCAUGCCCCACACCGUGUUUCAAAAGUAGAAUUCCAUCCUAGUGGACGGUUUCUAGCUACAUGUGUUUUUGAUCAUUCAUGGAGGCUAUGGGAUCUGGAACAAGGUGUGGAGGUCCUCCAUCAAGAAGGCCACUCCAAACCUGUUUACAAUAUUGCAUUCCAUUGUGAUGGUUCAGUAGCUGUCACUGGGGGUAUGGAUUCGUUUGGUCGAGUAUGGGAUCUCAGAACUGGACGCUGCAUCAUGUUCAUGGAAGGUCAUCUUAAGGGAAUUUUGGGCAUUGAUAUAUCACCAAAUGCAUAUCACAUCGUAACGGGUAGUGAAGACAACACAUGUAAAAUAUGGGAUCUAAGGAAGAGGUCUUGUAUCUACACCGUUCCUGCCCACACAAAUUUAGUGUCAAGUGUGAAAUUUGAAAAAAGCUCAGGGCAGUAUAUUGUCUCCUCAUCCUAUGAUGGUACAGCAAAGAUAUGGGCGAGUAACACUUGGCAACCGUUGAAGACGCUUUCGGGACAUGACGGCAAGGUUAUGGCUGUUGAUGUGUCGCCUGAUGGUUCUUUCAUCGCGACAGCUUCGUAUGAUCGCACCUACAAGCUUUGGUCUCCUGAAUGAAAGGGAUUACAAUUUUUGAAUCUAC